CGAGAUGGGAGAGAGGAGGCCAUAAAGUUGGUUAGUCAAAUAGACAAUAAAAGCUGAUGGCUUAUUAAAUUUGAUGCUCCCACCCACACACUGACGCUUGGGGGCUGGAGUGGCACACCACAGAAUGUAAAACGUAAUGGCUUCUAAUAGCAAAGCAAACACAGGGAGGGACUGGGAGUCGGACUUCAGUCGGGAAAGCUUUAUAAAGGGUCAACUGGCUGCCGGAGGUCCAGUACACAGUAGCAGCCGCAGUCAGAAAAAGCCACCAUGAGGAUUCUCUGGUUCUGUUUGUGCCUCUGGAGUGGUGGCAUCCUUUUGGCCAGCAGCCAACAAAAGUGGCAGCAGCACAGAGAAAUGUCCAAGCAGAGUGCGGACGAGGAUAUCGGCACCCUAUUCGAAGUAAUCUAUGUAUAUGCGGGUCUUUUUAGCGUUCGUAACUUUAUAACCUUCACGGGACACAUGGAUCUGAGGCCCUCGCUGCAGCAGCGCCUGAUGGAGAAGUUUAACACUCCCCUGUACGUUGUUGGAUCGAACUUGGGACCCCUCAACCAUCACUAUCUGAAAGCUACUAAUAUAGUUAUCACUUUGUUCACUGGCCUGAGCGAUCCCACGCUUUCUGCCGUCAAUGACACUCUGCUCAGUCGGGCAGGGUCCACUUUCCUCUUCUUCCAUCGGCCAGCCACGGAUGAGGAGGAGUUGCAGCAUCUCACGGACGAAGAGAUGCAAAUCUUCUUCACCAUGUGCUAUCGCCGGCAGUUUGUCCGCUCUAUUCUGAUCUUCAGGAGGGAGAACAAGUACGAGGCGUGGACAUACUAUUACCUCUCCAAAACUAUGACCAUCCAGAAGCUGACGACCCGCGACAGCAGUUUUCAGUAUAUUCUCAGGCAGAGAAAGCACAGGUUCCUCGUGCAGGUCACCAACGAUAUGCCAAAUGUGUAUUGGCUCAACUCAACGGGAGACAGCAAUGUGCCCGGAGGGGGAAACAUCUCUAUUGGCGGCACUUUGGGAAUUUUAAUGCGGGAGUUCAUGACCUACAUGAAUUCCAGCAUGGACAUCCUGCCCAGCGAGGGGCGGCAGAGCUCCGAGUAUCAGAUCGGGGACCACUCUGACGGUCGCAUUGUGGAUGUGGUGGCUAAUUUGGUGGACGAUUCCAACCUGUCGGAGACCAGUCCGGUGUUGACAGAUUCGAGGAUUUGUCUGGUGGUGCCGAAUCGAGUUCCAGUUCCCUUGACCAACUACAGUCUGAAGCUGGUCCAUCCAUCCAUCCGUAUGGUGAUGGCCUUGUCGAUCAUUUGCUAUGCCGCCAUCAAGUACCUGGCGAAUCCCCGGCGGUCGCUGCUGGGAUCACUUUUGAGCAGCUUGAGGCUGGGCUUGGGAAUUCCUCUGCCGGGCAGGGCCUUCGCUAACCUGCGUUUGUCGGAGGUAUACAUUGAGGUGUAUUCGUUGCUCGGGAUGGUCAUCUUUAACAGCGUUACCCAGAGCUUCAUGGCCACAAGUUUUACCUCGGGUUUUUUUGAGCCAGCCAUCACGAAUGUGGCUACAAUGCGAUCCAGUGGCCUCCGAAUUAUGACCGACGAUCCGACUGUGCCGCAGAUCUUCUACAAGAAUCGUCUGCCAAGGUGUCUGGCUGAUCGCUUGCGGCUCGUGGACACGGAUACAAUGAUCCAGCACUUUCUCCAGUUAAACUACAGCUAUGCCUACGUGAUGCGGAGUCCCAACUGGCAGGUCCUGAGUCUCUACCAGCAGAACAUGAAGGUGCCCAAGUUCCGCAUGACUGAGAAGGAGCUCUGCACCAAGGCGCGGCUGCUGCGCCUGCCCAUCUCCACGGAGUCGCUUCUGAGGUUUGCCUUUCCCCAAUUCUACGUACGCAUCUUGGAGUCGGGUUUCCUGCGCCGAUGGAAUCAAAUGAGCUUCCACAGCUUUCGCGACAUGAUGGGCAUCAAGAAGCUGCCUCUGGACACGAGCCCAUUUCAGCCCUUGCCGCUGGCAUUUUUUAAGAAUUGUUUUCUGCUUUAUCUGGGCGGAGUGCUAUCGAGCGUAUUGGUUCUGAUCAUUGAGCUACUGAUGAGGCCGGCUAACUGAACAUUCAACUACUUUUUGUGUGCUUAAAUAAAUACCCCACUGCUUUGUGCUG